UUUCCCGGUCACCGGAGUUACAGGCUAGAUGGAAUGUUUCCAGGCAUCAAACCGGCUUUGACCGCAGAUCUGAGCCCUCCGUCGCAGGGGGGAAAAAUUCGGAAGACCCAAGUAAAGAGAGUUUCGAGUUCUCUCGUUUUCCACAAACCGUUACGAUUCAACCUUGGACAUGGAUCUGAGCCGGCUCGGCCGGGACUGGAACCCCGCGCGGCGCCUCUGCUGGUGGGAGCUCGGCCGGAUCAACGCCGCCAGCGCUCGCUUCACCAGAUCCCCUUCCACGCCGCCGAUCCUCACCAGCGAGUUCGUCAUCGCGGAUCUGCGCGCGUUGAGGCGGUUGUUCGGCGCGUGCGCCGGCGCGUUCUGGUUCUUGUGGAGGCUGCAGCGGAAGGACCCGGGGUGGUUCGUCGGCGAGCACAUACACGUCUUCUUGGGACCGGGCUGCUUCCUCACCACCUGCGUCCGGCUCCGGGAGGGGCUGACGGUGGAAAUCGACCGGUUGGGAGAGACCGACCCGUCGAGGGAGAAUCGGACGGCGGAGGCCGACAUGGAUUGGCCGGACAUGCUGACUCGCGGCGGUGAAGCGGAUCUGAUUUCGUUCCCAGCGAAGAAGGUGGAGGAGCGAGUGUCGAAGCUGGAGCUGGAUGAAGCGAAGCCGUUUGUUGAAGAGGACUGAUACGGCGGGAGGCUGAAUCUGCCGCCGGACUGGGAGUAGGACCGGUUGACCGAUCCUCCGGCUGUUUGCCGUCUUGAGGAUCCGGUUGCUGCAGUAAUCGCCAUUUUUGUAACUUCUGAGUUCAGUGUGGAAGAAGAAGAAGAAGAAUCUAGAGAGAGGGAAAAAAGAGGGGAUUUUUUUUUUUAAUUU